UAAGUUUUAAAAAAAAAAAAAAAAAGACAAAUCUUACCGCUUAGAUUUGCUGUCUAUGGACCAGAAAACCUCAGGUUCGAUUCCCACCCUUGAUCGAGGUACUUGGCCUGCGUUGCUCGUGUCAAAAUGACAUGACUAAAGAUGGCUUUGGGGAAAAGUGUCAGCUAAAAGAAUGAAUGUAAAUGCGAGAAAGGAAGUCGUGUACCACUGCGGUCUCACUGCUGAAAGUUUACUCUUGACAGGUGUUUGAGACCCGCUCCGGGCUCCUAGGCGUCUCGCCUUCCUGCAGCGUGUGGAUUCCUGCGCUGCGUCCGGCGGGAGGGAACUCGGACUCUUCGGCUGCCUGCUGGGUUGAGGAGUUCUGGGGUUCUCCGUUGACCUCUGCGCCCCUCCGAUGAACCCCAACAACUCCAUGAAACCUGGGCUGCCUCCGACACCACACAGAGUGGGCCGGACAUCCGGUGGUUUGGGGAAAGGAACCUGAGAGGACCCCCUCCCCCAGCCUCCGAGUGUCCUGGCUGCCCUCGACGCCACCAUGAGCUGCCCACGCCGGCACCUUGCCAAGGUGUUGUGCAAGAGCGGUGUAUCGCAGCGGUGGGGUACAGCGCCUCCGUUAACAAGGAGAUCACCUCGUUUCCCUGCAGCCGUGCAGAGCUCGUUCUGCAGCAAGGGGAGCGGCACCUGGCGUCAGGACGCUAACAACCAUCAUGCGCGUGCUCAGGUGACGAAGGGCAAACGUCAGGUGCCGAGGACGUGGAUUUUAGAGACGGUGGUUCACGAAACAGCCUUUGGGCAGGGCUGCCCACCUCGCCUCCUGGCAUCCUGUGCGCGUGUGUGCCAGUGCAUGUCUUUCCACCACCUGCUUCCUAAAAAACACUGUCUCUAUUGUUUCACUUUUUUUUCUCCUCCUUAAAGCACAAAUUGUCAGUUUGACUUAAUCCAGGCAUUUUGCGGAAGACCGGCGCCGACGCUCCCGGAAGAUAUAACGACGAUGUAGCGCGUACGCGGAAUGAACGGCAUAUUCUUGUCUGCUGAAUGAGAGUAACCCCAGGAACGCCCCAGUCAGCGGCGGCACCGCCAUGUCGUGUUCCUGGAGCUCCUUUUCCGCUAUUCGUGGAAGCGGCUGUUGAUGUGUGAUUCAGCAGAGACUCGCUGUUCUUUCUGGUGACGGCUCCUACCCGUAUGACCCUGUCUCCUGGCAGCAAGGCUCCAAUCAGGCCGCAGGUUCCCUCUCCGUGGUAACCACCGUGUGGGGGGUGACCAAUCCAUCACCCAGCCAGGUCCUUGGUGCCCCUAUGGGUCCUGGGGGGAACUCUGCAGGUGGCCACAUGAUGCCUGGAAGCAGCCCUGCCAUGGGCUCCCCGCAGUUCAUGGGCCAGCAGAGCUACGCCGAGCCCAGCAAGGGCUACAUGCAGCAAGGGCUGUACGGCCGGCCGGGUGGAGGUGGGGGUUACCCGGCGGGACCAGGCUACGGGGGCAGCUACCCUCCCAGCGGCGGAGGGUCGAUGGGCGUACCCCCUCAUGGCGCCCGCUCGUCCGCAGACUUCACCCAGGCAGCUGCGGCAGCGGCGGUGGCCGCCGCGGCCGCCACAGCAACUGCAACUGCUACGGCAACAGUUGCCGCGAUACAGGAGAAGCAGAACCAGGAGCUGAAUUACGGGCAGAUGGGUGCUGGAUCCCCUUACAACAGCCAGUUCCUGCCCCAUUCAGGACCCAGAGGCCCUCCUGGCAUGGCUCCUGCAGGAAUUGGCCCUGCCCGUGGCCCCUCCAUGGGACCCAUGUACGCAGCACAGGGCCAGCGACUGCCUCAGCAACCGGGCUACCCUGCAGGCCAGCAGGGCCCCCCAAGGCCACAGCAGGGACUCAAAAGACCCUACAGCUCAGAGGGCUUCCCAGGUAUGCCCAGCACAGGGCCAUAUCCAAAUCAGCCCAUGCAGUACACCGGGCCUGGGGCGCAGCGUUCUGCCCCCUCUCCCUCUUACCCUGGCCACCGGAUGCCCCUGCAGCAGGGCAGCAUGAGCCAGUACCCCCCAGGGCCUGGUAACCCAGGGCAAUAUUACAAGACAGAGCAGUUCAAUGGGCAAAAUAGCACCAUGUCUGCGAUGACUGCAGGGGGUGGCGCAGGCGGAGGUGCAGGCUACAACACCUUCAACCAACCUGUACUCAAUGGGCCAGGGAGAGUUAUACCAGGAUACCCCAGCUCUCCGCUCCCUGGGAACCCAACUCCCCCGAUGACCCCUGGCAGUGCUGUACCCCCUUAUAUGUCCCCCAGCCAUGACGUCAAAUCACCCUUUCUUCCUGACAUCAAGCCCAACAUGAACUCCCUGCCGCCACCCCCUACAGGGAACCCCAGUGACGACCUGCGGCUGACCUUCCCCGUGCGGGACGGUGUGGUGCUGGAGCCCUUCCGCCUGGAGCACAACCUGGCCGUCAGCAACCACGUCUUCCAGCUGCGUGACUCUGUCUACAAGACGCUCAUGAUGAGGCCCGACCUGGAGCUCCAGUUCAAAUGCUACCACCACGAGGACCGGCAGAUGAACACCAACUGGCCGGCGUCGGUGCAGGUUAGCGUGAAUGCCACGCCCCUCACCAUUGAACGCGGUGACAACAAGACAUCCCACAAGCCCCUGUACCUGAAGCAGGUGUGCCAGCCGGGGCGGAAUACCAUUCAGAUCACCGUCACAGCCUGCUGCUGUUCUCACCUUUUCGUGCUGCAGUUGGUCCACCGGCCGUCGGUGCGCUCUGUCCUGCAGGGCCUCAUGAAGAAGAGACUGCUGCCCGCAGAGCACUGCAUCACCAAGAUUAAGAGGAACUUCAGCAGUGGCACCAUCCCGGGAACCCCAGGGCUCAAUGGGGAGGACGGUGUAGAGCAGACUGCCAUUAGAGUGUCCCUCAAGUGUCCCAUCACCUUCCGUCGUAUCCAGCUGCCGGCACGAGGUCACGACUGCCGACACAUACAGUGCUUCGACCUGGAGUCCUACCUACAGCUCAACUGUGAGAGGGGUACCUGGCGCUGUCCCGUGUGCAAUAAGACCGCUCUGUUGGAAGGUCUGGAAGUGGACCAGUACAUACUGGGAAUACUCAUCUACAUCCAGAAUUCUGAGUACGAGGAGAUCACCAUCGACCCCGUGUGCAGCUGGAAGCCAGUGCCCAUUAAACCCGACCUGCACGUAAAGGAGGAGCCCGACGGGCCAGCGCUGAAGCGGUGCCGCACAAUGAGCCCCAGUCACAUGAUCCUGCCCAGCGUCAUGGAGAUGAUAGCGGCGCUUGGCCCGGGUCUGGGUCCCUCUCCCUACCCUCCUCUGCCACCGGGUGGCACCAGCAGCACAACGGACUACUCCAACCAAGGACCAGGAUACUCGAGCCAGGCUGAAUUUCCCGAUUUUCCCAGCGCACCCGGAGCACCCCCCCUCAGCGAGUUUACUUCUGGGCCACCCCCUCUGUCCUACCAGGCCGACCUGCCCAGCGGUCUGCUCACUCCUGACAAGGGGCACCCCAUGCCUGCACAGGUGCCCCAUUCCAGCCAUAAUCCUGGUUCGCAGCAACAGCCUCAGCCUCAGGGUCUUCAUGGCAACGUCCAUCUAGGAGGCCCAGGAGCACCAGUGCUCCCGCGCAACUCCUCCCAGAACGCCCGGCUGCACACGGAAGGCUCAUUCGGACUGGGGGGCCCUGCAGAUGUUCCAGAAACUUCACUGGAUUUGCUUCCUGAGCUGACCAACACUGAUGAGCUGCUCUCUUACCUCGGCCCCCCCGACCUCCCAAACAACAGCAAUGACGACCUGCUCUCUCUGUUCGAGAAUAACUGAGCCCCCACACAUCACUCCUCCGAAAUCCAGUGGUCUGUUGUGGUCCAAAAAAAAAAAAAAAAACUCCAUGGCCCAAAAUGCAAGGGCAGCAGGAAGUAUGACUUCUUUUAAACUAUAAUCCUGCCGCCCACCGUACCCCACCCCACCCCACCUCGCCACCCUUCAAACUGGAAGCAGCGGUCAGCCCCAAGGACACUGAAAAACUUUAUAAUCUAAGAGGUUUUGCUUUGUUUGACAGCCUAUGAACUAUGAAUCAGAUUUUAUUAUUUUAUAUUUUUAAGCUAUAAACCCAUUCCUUUCCUCCGGGUUACUUACGUCUCUUCUCGGACCAAGGUUCAAAAUCACACCCCAUUUGAAAUCAGUGUUGUUAAAGAAAAUACCAUUAUAUGGAAAUUUUCUUCAUUUUUUUCCAAUGUAAGACCUCUGUUACGUGUGAUUUGCAAUGAAAAAAAAUGACAAUUAUAAUGUGUGCUUUGAAUUUAAUCAUUGAUAUAUAAAGAGGUUAAAAAAAAAGAAAAGAAAAUUUACUCUUAAAUGUGAUGUGAUUUUCUUUUCAGUCUUUAGACUUCUGUUCAGCUUGCUGUUUGUAUAACUGUACGAGAGAAAGAGAUGGAUAUUAGUUGAAAGGGGUGGCCUUAAUUCAAAACAUCUCCUUCUUAUACAGCACACACACACACUCUCUCAUUCUGAGAGGCAGCCAUAAACUUCUCCUGUCACGUUCGGUCAUUGUGAAGACAGCUUUUCCCGUGCGUCCAGCCGAAUCCCACUACAGCUUGGUCUUGUACCUGCUCUUAGUUAAUUUGAACAGCCAUGACUAUGAAUAAUUUACAAGGUGCUAGAAGUUGACUGUCUGUCCAGAGAGAAUGGUAUUGCUGCGACACAUAGUUUUUCUACCAAUGCAAUAAGGUCUAAGUAAAACAGUCCCUGACCCACACAAGUGUCAGAAGAGCGUGCUGCACGUUUAACUGCCUCUACUGAUGUGUUGCACUGGCGGUAACGAAUUUGGUGUCAUAAGACCUAAAGUUGGGAGUGUAUUACUUUAGAAGAGUGCAUGGCAGAUGCCCCAGAUGCUGUGAAGAGAAUGUACUUGGAAGAAUACCGGCCGCACACAGGAAGAAAAAUGACCGUCGUUUGCAUAUUUAGUACAGUCGGGCGGACGUCGGAAUAUCGAAAAGGUUAUUCGUGAAUGAAAUCUGCCAAGAUUCCUAAUUACAUGAUUCCAGUAUCCCGUGUGCUUCCAGAGUUUGGUGACUCCAGAAUCAUUGCCGUGGUGCAAUACGUCAAUAACUGCGGGCAUUUAAUACUACUGUCUUUGUGGUACCCUAUACCUUGUUUGUAGUUCAGUGCUCAUUUGGAGAGGGUGAAGAAUGUUGUAAGUGAUGUUUUAAUUGCAGGGAGUGUGUAUUGCAGAACAGUAGAUUCUGAAUCAAUGUAUCAUCAUUGCCCACUCAGUUUUAAAGUUUGCCCUGCUGUUGCCAUAUGAACCAGUGCAAUUUUUGCAUUUUCUAAGUUCUGUGAGGAUUUUUUUUUUUUU